GGAUGACCGCGCUUGCCCGCCAUCUUUGUGAUGGGCAGACGGAAGAUGAAAGAUGGCGGCGUGCUGUCAACAUGAUGACGCGCUGGGGCGACGUGAGCCGUGAGGCAGGCAGGCCGGUCGGUGUAAACACAGGCCGCUGACCGAGGCCCGGCCUCCAUGAUCGCCGCUCUCCCUCUCUCCCCCAAGCGCUGACAGCGACCCGGGGUUGCUGGACAGAGGCGGCAGGUCUAUAGCCGGCAUUGUAAGACGCGGUAAACGCAGCGGGUGGACGGCUGAGGCUGAGAGGGGCUGGAUCCUGAGGGGAGGGGGGAGAUCCUCUGAGGUAAAUGUGGAGGGAGAGCGAGUAAACUCCGAGGAGAAGCCGCGGCGGAGGACAAAUUGUGCAUCUAGAUGGAGAUACAAGGGUGAUGAUUCAGGGGUUAAACUAACUUAACAUAAAGGGAAAGGGAUAAAUAUUGAGGGGCAAAGGCAGUUGGCAUAUUCUUGAAUAAAUCACCAGGCAUAUUGUUAGAAUGAAAGAGUAAAGAAAGUUAAUAUGUGAGAUGAGGAUGAGCUAAUGUCAGAGGGUGAGAGGAUAACUGUUGAGGGAUCCAGAAUAAAGGAGAUAACAGUCCUGUGGGUGUAGGAAAAGCAGCAGUGGUGAAGCAGGGGGAUUUGGUGACCCUUAAAGUAAGAAUGAAAGUGCAUGUAUUUGUUUUUAAAAGCAUGUGGAGAGGAAAGAGAGAAAGAGUACAAGUCUUCUAUUAGGGCCAGCGGGUUUUAUUUACUGGGACCGGGGUGAUUCUGACAGGGCGUCUAGUGUUUAUGGGUUGAAAUCAAGAUGCCUUGGCCGUUCUCUGAGUCGAUUAAGAAGCGGGCAUGCAGGUACCUGCUGCACCGAUACCUGGACCACUUUCUGGAGGAGAAGUUGAGCCUGGAGCAGCUGAGUGUGGAUCUCUAUCAGGGAACAGGCUCCCUCGCACAGGUUCCGCUGGACAAAUCGUCCCUCAAUGAAAUCCUAGAUUCUCUCGAUGCACCUUUGGAAAUAAUCGAAGGAUUUAUUCAAAAUAUUUCGGUUUCCAUCCCCUGGUCUUCCCUACUGCAAGAGAACUGUGCGGUGGAGAUGCAGGGACUGGAGAUGGUCUUUCGACCAAGGCCUCGAGUAGUGUCGGGCUCGGAGCCCAUGUACUGGUCCAGCUUUAUGACGGACAGUAUGCAGCUGGCCAAGGAGUGCCUGAGCCAGAGACUGACGGAUGAUCAAGCUGAAGGGCCACAGCCAUUCGAGGGGCUCGAGAAGUUUGCAGAAACCAUUGAAACAGUUUUAAGAAGAGUCAAGCUUACGUUUCUAGACAGUGUUCUCAGGAUCGAGCACGUUCCGGAGAAUUCUAAAACCGGGGUGGCAUUGGAGAUCCGUAUCCAGCGGAUUGAAUAUUGCGAUGAAUCUGCGACGGAGUGUCCAGACGUGGGCAUUCAUCAGCCCACAGCCUUUGCCCGCAAGAACCUGCAGCUAAGUGGAAUCUCAUUCUUCUGGUUUGAGUUUCCUGAAAGUGCAAAAACCUCCCCCAGGAUCUCGCCAAUGCAGGAAAUGGAACCAAAGCUUUCUCCAAGUUGGAACCCAAAGAUUGUUUCAGAACCUCACCCCCAGUUCACAAGGAAAGCAUCUGAUGUGGUUCACUUUGAUCCGGUCCAGAUUGGGAGCUGUGAUGGAAAGAUGGAACUGGAACUCACCUUGAAGCAGAACGAAGCGCUUCCAGUAGCCAAGCUGGAUGUGGAUGGGCAGAUCGAAUCUGUCAAAUUCUUCCUGUCUCCGCGCCAGGUCCACCUGCUCCUGGACAUGCUGGGGACCAUCCUUCUGCCAGGAUGCACAGAGCCAGCAGCUCUCCAGUCGAGGAGCCGGAGGAACCGGCCGAUGCAGCAGGAAGAUCAAUAUCUGAUCCAGAUGGAACUCAACCGUUACCUGCAGAAGGAGACCGUGUCCCCCGGCAUCUCCGCAGAGCAGAGCUUCUACGAGACCGAAACAGUUCGGACAACGUCAAGCCGUGCAGAAGAUGAAGUCUUCUUCUCAAUGGCAGACAUGGAAAUGUCCAACAGCGUGACGUCCCUUCCACCUCUUGGAGAACCGACAGUAGAUAUGGAAUUAUCAUUGAGCAGUACGCACAUCAAUUCAACAGACAGCUCUCCGCAAAGUGCCACAAGGUUUUCCACAUCGUGGGAUGAAUACCUGGAUAGUUCUGGACCAGGGAGCCGAGUACUGCAGGAGUCGCCAUUUAACUCCAAAGAGCUGCCAAUAAUACAGAGGCCUCUCCGACCGAGCAGUCUGUCAUCCAAAGCUCACCCCAUUGAUGAGUCCCGGCCUGAGGUUGUGGUCCGGCUGGUCAUUGGCAGUCUUUCAGUGUCGGUGCUGCACAUCGAUCCGCUGCCUCCGCCCGAGAGCCCGUUGCACCUCCAACCCCUCACCAAGAUGGCCUCCCAUUUCUUCCAGCAGUUGAAGACCCUCAACCUCUCUCAAUUCCCAGCACGAGAUUUCCACAUGUUCCGAAGCAAGUUUGCCUCUGCCUGUCCCCACGACCAUCUACGGCUGUUUGCAACCAGCGUGAAGCUGAACUAUGAGCAGCGGCGGGGCACCAGCUCCAGGAGUGUAAACACUGACGUCUGCAUCCAGUGGAUGGAACUGUUGGAAUGUCUGUUCCCUAUGGAUUGCCCCUCUGGCAUGCCCCAGUAUACAGAGCUGAUCACAUUUCAAUCCGUGGGCGAGACGGAAGCUCAUUCUACACCUUCCGUCCAGAUUCAUUACAAGCACCUUGACCGAAGAGGAGUGCAGGGCAGUCAAGGGAGGUUGACAUCAGUGCCACACAAGGCAGAGCUGCAGAUCGAGCUGGGGCUGAUCCAGUCAGAGUUGGACAUCAGUAUCGUGGAUAGACUCAACUCACUGCUGCAGCCGCAGAAGCUUGCGACAACAGAAAUGAUGGCGUCCCACAUGUACACCUCUUUUAACAAGCACAUUAGUUUGCAGAGAGCUUUUACCGAGGUCUUCCGGGACGAUUCUGGAUCGCCCGCCAACUACCGCACGUCCGUGCAGCUCACCACUCCCAGCUUCAAAAUGGCCAUCCGCUUCCCAAUCCCAGACCUCCGGUCCGACCAGGAACGGGGACCAUGGUUCAAGAAGUCACUUCAGAAGGAGGUUUUACACCUGGAGUUCAGCGAGUUGGAGUUUAAGACGGAGUACUGUGGGAGUCUAGCUCACGAACAGCUCAAACUUGAGCUGACUUUUAAGGAGCUCCUUGGUAAGUUCCAGGAAGAUGCGGAAACGCCGUCGUUCACAUUUUGUAAAGUGUCACACGCCACAGAUGGAGACAUGUCCACCUCAGACAGUGGCAAGUUCGACUGGCCAAGGGUUGUGUUCAAGGUGAAUCCCACAGCCGUGCAUUCCAUCUUGGAGCGGAUAGUGAGUGAAGAGGAGGAGGUCGGGGGACAUUUACUGGAGGAUGAAGAAGGUGGAGGGCACUCAUUGAAAGAUGUCUGUGAUUUGGGAAAGCAGGAACCCUCGCCAUUCUCGUCUCGAAGAGUCAUGUAUGAAAACGAAGAGAUGGUGAUGCCAGGAGACCAGCACGAAAUGGGUCAGUUCCAGGAUAAAACCAUGAGCACUUCCCAUUACGUACUGGAACUUACGUUGCCAAAUGUGAACCUUGCAUUGCCAAGCAAAGCCUUCUAUGAGAAGGUGUACAACAGAAUAAACAAUGAUUUGUUGCUGUGGGAACCUGCUGCACCAUCUCCAGUGGAGACGGUUGAAAACAUCACGUAUGGAGUUGGAUUAUCUGUGGCCAGCCAGCUGAUCAAUGCCUUCAGCAAAGACAGUCUCACUCAGCUCAAGUCUGCUCUCCUCCAGGAUGAUGAUGAGAGCGGGUCUGAUGAAGAGUCUCCGCAGUUCCAGUCCACCGCUGAUCCGGCCCACAGGUCACGGCGCAAAAAGAAGGUUGAACAGCUGAACAAGAACUGUCAAAGCCUCCUGUCCAUCCUGCUCAGCGUGUCUCAUGGCUUGGUGACGGUGCACACAGAUACAAAGACUGAAGACAGCAGGGUGUUAGCUGGAAAGCACGGUGAAUUUUGGUUGGAGAUUGAAAAUGGGAGCUUGUUCACGGUGGGGAAGUAUCAGGGCUGCGAUGACCAACAUUACUUCUGUCUCCAGACCAACAAAGUCUCCCUCUGUCACCAAGGAGUGGUGGAGGAUGUGUGUGCCCCAGGCGACGUGAAACUCCCCAGCAAGGCACGGCCCCUGUGGCUGGAGCCCACCAUCUACCAGUCUGAGGAGGGGGUGUGGAUCAAACAGGCUGCCCCGUCUGUGGGAAGUGCUACAGACAGUCCCAACAUGCUGUCCAUCGCAGUAAAGGUUCACCGCAACAUGAACGAGAGCAACAUGAAGGAGAUCCUCGUGGCUAUUGGUCUGCGUGGGGCCACCCUUCAACACCGCAACGUGCCUCCGGGACAAAGCUGGCACGAGCAGAUCCUGGAUUUCCUCAACAUUGCGGAGGAGCCUGUGUUGGGCUACGCUCGCCCGGCAAACGCAACCACCUUCCACUUGCACCUCUGGAGCUGUGGCUUGGACUACAGGCCGCUAUAUUUACCAGUUCGUGCAGUAGUGACUGUGGAAACCUUCACGAUAUCCAGUAACAUUGUGCUGGACAAGUACUGCUCCACACUCAGAAUUAUCAUUGACGAUGCUGCGUUGUACUUGUCUGAGAAAUGUCAUAAUGCCGUGGUGAAUUUAAAGAAAGAUUACGUGCGAGUGCUGGACAUGGGGUUGCUGGAGUUCCGCAUAACUGCGUCAAAGCCGACAGCGGAGGGAGAGAGGUUGCAGCCUCGGUUCGAGCUGCGCUGCUCCAGCGACGUCAUCCAUGUCCGCACCUGCUCUGACUCUUGUGCUGCCCUCAUGAACCUUAUCCAGUACGUGGCUAGUUACGGAGACCUGCAUCCACCCUGCAAAUUCCAAGCAAGCCCUGGAGCACCAGCGCCAAGUAGCCGGGCUGGAUCGGGUGACAGCACGCCCUGCAGACCCUCGGGCCUCGCCGAGGCUGAGCAGAAGAUCCUGCGGGACCUGAUGAUCGACGCCAUGGAGGAGAUGGACAUCCGGCCCUCGUCCCCUCCUCCCCCACCUGCUCCGCACCAAUCAAACGGGAUCUACAGGGAGCUGGUUCAGGAAGGAGAGCCCGCACGGUCUGAUCUGUUCCUCUUCCCCGACGAGAGUGGAGGCUCAUCGCAGGAGCAGAGCCCAAGUUCCACCAUGGUCCUUUCUGAGCAGCGUGCCGCCUACACCUCCCGACCCAGCGAGCAGCCCGAGAGUGAGGACUUCUGCAUCCUGGAGGCACCAAAGCUGCCCGUCACGAAGAGAGAGACGGAGCCCGUGGUGAAGAUGCUGGUCACCGGGCCCAUCCUCAUCAAAGAUGAACACUUCACAUCGCCAGUCAAGAAGGUGGACAAAAGCAAGGCACCGCUGCACCUUCCGGUCCCAGAGAUCCGAUACGUGGUGAAGGAGAUCUCUGUUGUGUGGCAUCUGUAUGGAGGAAGGGACUUUGGAUCAGCUGUCACUGUACGCUCCCCUGUUAAAAGCAUACCCACUCGGCCUGCCUCGAGCUCUUCCCAAAGCUCUCCAUCUCAGCCUUCUGCGCGACACGGCCGUUCGGCCCGACGCACUCAGGGUGGUCCCGGGAGGAACCACGACAUCCUGAUGGAGAUUCAGUUCAGUAAGGUGAAAUUUCAGCAUGAGGUUUAUCCUCAGACAGGCUACAGUGCGGAUCCAGUUUCGGCAGAGCGUCCCACCUCACGGCAGGUCUUCAUAGUCCAGGACCUUGAGAUCCGAGACCGCCUUGCAUCGUCACAGAUGAACAAGUUCCUGUACCUGUACUCCAGCAAAGAGUUACCAAGGAAAGCGCACUCCAACAUGCUGACUAUUAAGGCUUUGCACGUGAGUCCAGACUCGGCUCGGAUGCCUCAGGAGUGUUGCCUGCGCAUUACAUUGAUGCCUCUUCGACUAAACGUUGAUCAGGAUGCCCUGUUCUUCUUGAAGGACUUUUUCAGCAGCCUGGCGGUGGAGGUUGAGCUGUUAAUGCCGCCGGAUCCUGUGCAGGAGGUGAGAAAAUCUCCCGGCUCGGAGACCACCAGCACCCUGUCCAAAAAUGGAACGAGCGUCACGGAUCAUGGCCCCAUUAUCACUCUUCCAGGUCAGAGUAAGCUCCGGGCUGAACCAGCGACUGUGGGGGCCAGAGGCUCCAUCUGUGAGCCACAGGGCACGUCAGCAGCAGCAUUCGCAGAUCAGCCUAUCUUCUUCAGGGAGUUUCGCUUCACAUCCGAGGUGCCGAUUCGAUUGGACUAUCAUGGCAAGCACAUGUCCAUGGAUCAAGGCACCUUGGCAGGAAUCCUGAUUGGACUGGCUCAGCUCAACUGCUCCGAGUUGAAGUUGAGAAGGUUGUGCUACAGACACGGGCUGUUGGGAGUGGACAAGCUGGUCGCCUACGCACUUAAUGAGUGGCUGACUGACAUCAGAAAAAAUCAGCUGCCUGGUAUCUUUGGAGGCAUUGGACCCAUGCACUCAUUGGUCCAGUUGGUUCAAGGACUGAAGGAUCUGGUAUGGCUGCCCAUCGAGCAAUAUCGCAGGGACGGACGCAUUGUGAGGGGUCUCCAGAGAGGAGCUGCCUCUUUUGGCACCUCCACCGCCAUGGCUGCACUGGAGCUGACAAACCGACUGGUGCAAACUAUACAGGCAGCAGCUGAGACAGCCUAUGACAUGGUGUCUCCAGGGAGCAAUGCACACGGUUUGAUGAGAACCAAGCGCAUCUCUCAGCAUCGACUGGCUCAUCAGCCCGUCGAUCUACGGGAAGGUGUAGCAAAAGCAUAUGACCUAGUGAAAGAGGGGUUCACGGACACGGCGCACAUGAUUUACGAGACGGCGACGCGGGAGCACGAGCAGCGGGGGAUGACGGGGGCGGUGGGGGGAGUGCUGCGGCAGAUCCCCCCCUCCGUUGUCAAGCCCCUCAUUGUGGCAACAGAGGCCACGUCCAACGUCCUGGGCGGGAUGAGGAACCAGAUCCAGCCCGACGCACGGCAGGAGGAGUCCCAGAAAUGGCGGCUCGGUGACCAUUAGCAGCGCUGCAUCGUUCCCUGAAACUUGAACCAAAUGGGAAAGGGAAGUAAGUUGGUGAUCCUGGAGUUCCCAUUGUUGGGAACCCACUGGUGUCACACUUUGCUGUUUGUAUAUUUUGGUUUCAUUCAGAUCCAUGGAAAACUAAAGCUUUUUGUCAAAAAGGGCAGUUUGAUAGCACUUAAAUAACUGAACUGGUGGCUGCAUAGAAGAAACUCUCUGGUUUAUUUUCAAGAGGCUUGAAGAAAUUAUCGUUUUAUUGACUCGAAUCCAUCUCCUUGCUGUCUGAGCAACUCUGCGGGUCGGGAUGGUUUGUAGUUUGGUGGACGAUGGAUUGUACCCCUACGAUCUGCAAGGGAUAUCUGGUGUUGCCUGGAAGUGAAGGGUCUAUUGUUGUUCCCCUUGUCUUAGUCCAGAUGUUCCUCAUGGACACGCUACCUUUAUCAACAGUUAAAGCUAACGCCAUUAACGACUCUCGCCUGCAGACCUUCCCACCUGAGCAAUUCAUGGCCAGAACCUUGUGACAAUAGGUGUGGAUUAAUUUGAAGGUGCCUCCAAAGUUCCUGGUUACGUUUACUUCUCUUGGGUCUCACACUGAGAUUGGGUCAGUGGCAUCGGGUAUUCCAGACGUGCACUACAUUGGGAACAUGGCGGGGCAGCCAUGGUAUUGAGGACAGGUUGCUUGAAAGUAACUCUGAAGGGAAGACACAAGGAAUUGUAGAUGCUGGAAUCCUGAGCCAAGCACAAAGUGCCGGAAGAACUUGGCAGAUCAGGCAGCAUUUUGGAAGGGAAUGGAUAGGCAAUGUUUCGGUCUGAAGUAUGGUCCCAAGCCAAAACGUUGCCUGUCCAUUCCCUCCCCAGAUGCUGUCUGAGCCACUGAGUUCCUCCAGCACUUAGUGUUUUACUUAAGACUCUGAAGGGGACGAUUUGAGGAGCAUAAGGAAACUAAAGCUCCAAGUGUUUAUUUUCAGGGCAAUAAUGACGGGUCAGAUAACUGUCCAGUAGCUGCUGAUGCCAAAACACUCUAGUUCUCUUUGUGAUACCAUGUUUGUGAUUCAAUAAGGUGUGUAGCCUUUAACUACCCCAUUCUCAAACACAGCCUGCCCUUCUCCACGCUAUGGCAGUGCUCUGAUCCCAAAUUUCAUUCAUAUCUGCUCUGGUCUAUCACUUUCUGUCUUGUUUGUUUCAGGUCUAAUGCUUAGUGCUUCCAGAUAUUUACAUGUUGUAGCCUUUCCCAAAGUUAUAGGAUCACACAGUACAGAAAGAGGCCGUUCAGCCCACUCAAUCAAUGCCAGGCACCCAUGUACACUAACCUCUACAUCAACCUUAUUUAUUGUCCCCACAUUCCCACCUACUCACUCAGACCAAUGUACAGUGGCUCAUUGACCUACCAAUCUGGGCCUCUUUGGGAUGUGGGAGGAAACCGGAGUACCCGGAGGAAACCCACGCCGUCACAGGGUGAACGUGUAAACUCCGCGCGCACACAACACCCGCGGUCAUGUUUUGAAACCGUAUCACUGGUGCUGUGAGGCUGCAGCUCCACCAGCCGUGCUUUGCUGUCUAGUUUAAAAACUCAUUGCUCCUUUUAGAAUAUAAACUAAUGACAGCUGCUCUAUCUGAUGCCUUCAUCAGGUGAUGGAAGUCUUCAGCUCCAUGGUUGCACAAGUAAACCGGUGAUAGCAGCAUACUUACAUAGUUCCUCCCAUUACCCCUCUGCGUUCUAAUGUCACCCAGUGAAUGGACAAAUAACCUGGUCUAUCAUGGCCUCCAUCAGGACAGUCUGCUCACAUCACACAGUGCUCGGGAAGAUUGCUUCCUGUGUCUCAGGGCAAGAGAGAAAUAAUUGUAUUCUUUCCCACAAUCGGGAGAGUAAGAAUACAUGAAGUGCUUGGGAUAUAGUUUGGGAGAGGUGGGUGCUGGGGGUUCAUUUAAGGGGUCAACAUCUGGUUAAUUCUCUCUGUCAGUUCUGGAGACACCCAGCAGGUCUGACAGCAUCUCUAGAGAGAGAAAUAGAGUUGACACUUCAGGUCAAUGGUCCUUUCUCUCACACCCUCCCAAUAGGGCACUGGCUGGGUUCAACUUGUUCUCCCUGCCUUUCGUGGGGGCACGGUGUAAUAGCAUCUCGUUGUUGAUCUCUGGUAGUGUCCAUGGGGUUUGCACCUUCUCCCUACAGCCACGUGGGUUUCCCCCAGAUGCUCUGGAUUCCUCCCACAUCACAGAUAUGCUGGUGGGUUAAUUAGGCCAAUGUAAAUUGCUCCAUGUAGGAUAAUGUGAGGAGCCUCCUGGAUUAUUGAGAGAGAAUAAAUUACAACGAGAGAAGUGGGGGGAGGGUGGGAUUGAUCCGGGAGCUGUCAUAGACUUGAUGGGCCGAAUGGCUUCCAAUUUCCUAAGAAAAUAUGAAAUAUCCUUCAGUUCCUUCCUGUUUCCCCCCAUUUCCUUUCUGUUUCUCUAUCUCCCUCUCUCCCUUAUACUCUUGCAUGCCCCCUGCCUCCUCGUAUCCAUAAACUUGUCUUCCAGGGGUAUCCUUACUGAAGGACAGCAGCCUUGUAUCUGGUAUCUGAGCUUUGAUAACACUGUUGGGGGGCAUGGCACGAUGAGUUCCCCUAAUUUUGCAAUUUCCCCCAGUGCAGACAACACACAUUAAACCCAUGAAGUGGGAACUGGACUCAACAACCCUGGAUUUGGCUUUGCAAAGUUCCCCACAAAAUUAAAUCUGCUCCGUGUCAAUCUUGUCUGUGGAUCCCGAGUCAGAUUGUUACAAUUCUGUUGAAAUAUUGCCUUGUAUAAACUUUUAAUUUCAUUUGUACAGCAGAUUAAAAACAAUGAUUUUUUUUGUGGAUUUAUUUACAUAGUUGUUGCUUUAAGUGUACAUAUUUCUUAAUAAUAUUGUUGCUGUGAGUGUAUCACAGUGAUGGUUGUGAAUGAAUGUACCGUGGACAAUGAACUUCAGAAAUGGAAGAAAUAAAUAAUACACAUCUUGUUACACAUUA